AUGCUCUAUCUGGCCCCCCUGUUCUGGAUGGGCAAACUAAAGGCCAGAUUCGGAGCGAUUCUCCCAGUCUACCGUACAACCUCAAUCCCUGCACUUUACCGGGAGUCAGGGCUUCUGCUAGCAGAGAUUGAGCUAGAGUAUAUAGCGGCUAUCGCUACAGUCUGCUUUCGCCGUUUUGACCCCUACCACCCUCUCCGCAGGAGAGCAGAAAGAGCAAUCCAAACAGGCCUUCAGACCAGCCGUUUUGCAUACCGCGUGCUAGCCCUUCCUGAAUCAGAACAACUGAACCCACUGCAAAAUCUCCUCUGGCUCCUACAAGAGGAACGCGAAACAGCUCAACAGCGAAUCAGAGUCCCUGCAGAAAACUCGAAACUGGAAAACAGGAUGGCAGGUAAUGGAUAUGCCCUAUAUCAAUCUGGAAAGCUGUUUCAACAGUCCUCCUUCUCCCUGGGACCGAACAAAGAGGUCUUUGAUGCUGAAGCUGAAGCAGCUCUAGCUGGGGUUAAAGCAGCCCUUAAACUAGAUACUGCUCGCUUUGUCACUGACUUCUGGGUCUGUCUAGAUAACCUGGAGGUAGCUACACGCCUCCUCUCACCCUUCGCGGGCUUAUCUCAAGGGAUCUUCGAAUCCUUCCAAGCCCUAGCCCGGACCUGGCCGGCACGGGAGAGAUUCUCAUAUACCAAUGGCGGCUCUGUACGAGUCUGCUGA